AUGGCAAAUGAAAGCGGUGCCAAAAGUUAUGAAGAUGCUCGAUACCAGACACUUUUAGCUAACAAAAGACGAUUGGAGGAUUUGGGGAUCUUGAAGCUAUCUAAAAGCCUAUCCGAUCUCAAAAAAAAUGACAAGUCCCAGCUUCGGCAUAUUAGACCAAAACCAGCUACUAUUUAUUCAUCGGAGCCAAGACGCUCAACUCGUGCACGCAAUCCAGUUACAUCAUAUCGUGAUGAUGUUCAGGUCGAGCAUCUUCCAUUGCGUAAGAGAACAAAGUUGAAUUCCUCAUGGACAACCUAUCUAGCACGGCCGGUGGAAGAAGUUAGAACUGCUACAUAUGAAGAAAAAGCUCGAGCUUUGAAGUUUGCAGAGAAGCGCCAAAGCUAUCUAGAUUCUGAAAAUCCAUCUUUCGUUAAAUCAAUGCUUCGAUCUCAUGUUUAUAGUUGCUUCUGGUUGGGGCUUCCAACUAAAUUUUGUGAGAACCAUCUUCCCAAAACCACAGAAGAUAUGGUACUAGAGGAUGAAGAAGGCUCAGAAUAUGAGGCUAUUUACAUUAGCAAGAGAACUGGGCUUAGUGGUGGAUGGAGAGCAUUUGCAUUGGAUCAUAAACUUGAUGAUGGUGAUGCUUUAGUAUUUGAACUGAUUGAACCCACAAGAUUUAAGGUUUACAUAGUUAGAGCACACGAAUGUACAAAUCAAGAUGAUGAAAACCCAGUUGCAGAAGUUGAGAGUAAUGCUGAGGAAACACCCAAGGAGAUCAAAGAUUGUGGAAAGAAGAACGAUUCAGCAAAACCUAAGAACGAAAUAUUUUCACAGGUUUCUGCCACCAGACGGAGUUUGAGAAGAAAGUGA